AUGGGCAGGAUUAUCUUUUAUGAGGACAAGAACUUCCAGGGCCGUUGCUACGAAUGUGACAGCGACUGCACCGACUUCCAUGCCUACCUGAGCCGCUGCAACUCCAUUCGAGUUGAGAGUGGAGCCUGGGUGGUCUAUGAGAGGCCAAAUUACAUGGGCUAUCAAUAUGUUCUGAGCAGAGGAGAGUAUCCAGAGUACCAGCGCUGGAUGGGCCUGAAUGAUCGCCUAAGCUCCUGCAAACUCAUCCACUUUACAAGUGGGACUCAGUACAAAGUUCAGCUCUACGACAAGGUAGACUUUGCAGGCCAGGCUGUUGAGGCCAUGGAAGAUUGCCCAUCUGUGCUGGAGAGGUUUCGCCUGAGGGAGGUGGGUUCCUGUAAGGUCCUGGAAGGCUACUGGGUCUUCUACGAACACCCCAACUAUCGUGGCCGCCAGUAUUUCCUUGAGACAGGAGAGUACCGCAAGCCAGCGGACUGGGGUGCUGUCUGUCCCACCGUGCAGUCCUUCCGCCGGCUGACCGAGUGACCUCAC